AUGUCCGGCGGCAAGUUUGCUUAUGGCUCCUUCGGCUCGUGGAACCCUGUCGACAGCUACACUUGCUCUCACCUCGAUGCGCGCCUCAAGCCUUCGUUGACUGCAGCCCUCGAUCAUGCCGGAAAGAACUCGCAAGCCAAGGGACUGCCCGAUAUUUCCGUCUCUCGCCCACAGGGCAAGUUCCUCAUGCUGCAGGCCCGGCUGCUGAGAGUCAAGCACGUUGUCGAAGUCGGCACUUUGGGCGGAUACAGCUCCAUUUGGUUCGCCCACGCCAGCCCGGAUAUCAAGGUCACAACCAUCGAGGUCGACGAACACCAUGCCGCCGUGGCUCGCGAGAACUUGAAGUAUGCCGGCGUCGAUGACCGGGUUGAAGUCAUCGUCGGUAGCGGCUCGGAUGUCAUGGCCAAGCUUGUCGAGGAAGUCAACCAAGGGAAAAGAGAACGCUUCGGCCUUGCUUUCAUCGAUGCCGACAAGGAAAACAACUGGACGUACUUUGAUUACGCCGCCAACAUGUCGGUCCCUGGCGCCUGCCUGAUCGUAGACAACGUCGUCAGACAGGGCUCCCUUGUUGAUCCGGAGUAUGCCAAGAACGACAGCAGGGUUAAGGGUUCCAGGCUCCUCGUCGAGAAGGUAGGACAAGACGAACGGGUCGACGCCAUGGUGCUGCAGACGGUGGGCGAAAAGUCUUAUGACGGGUUCCUCAUAGCUGCUGUUCGGGACGAUAUCUUGGAGUAUCUCAAGAACAAGCAGGCUUGA